CAUUUGUUUUGUUUUUUGCAACAAAACCAUUAACAAACAAAAACCCAAAUUAAACAAGAAGAAUAAACUGCCAAACAUUGUUAAAGAAAAAAAGCAAUCUUUUUUCGAGAAAAAAAAUCAACCACAAAUUUUGAAAGAAAAAAAUCGCCAAACAUGUUUAAAGAAAAAAAAAGCCAAAAAGUAUUUAAGAAAAAAGUAAAAUCAGCAAAAAUUAAAAAAGAAAUUUACAAAUUAACUUCUUCUUCUUCUUCUUUGGUUACUGCCAUGUACUGGACUGGUCUCCAGUAUUUAUUAAUUGUACAUGUAUUUGUCCUAAUCUGUCUUUGUGAAUAAAUUAUGAAUUGAACUGAACAAUAUUCUUAUUUAUCCACAUCAGUCUACUUCCGGCGUUUUAUCAUUAUUAUAUUAUAUUAUACCUUUUAUUGUCAUUUUUAUUAUUUAUAUUUUUGUAUUUAUUUUUCAAUUUCUUUUUAUCUAUUCAUUAUUUUUAUUUAUUUAGAAAUUCAUUAAUGAAUGUCCUAAUGUUUUCUGGACAUACCCAGAGAAAGUAAUGUUAGAUCAGCGAGUGGCGGUAGUGCGCCAAUAAAAAUCAAAAGAAGAAGAAGAAGAAGUGCUUCCGAUUAGCAUGCUAAACUAACGUCUGGAGAUUUCGGUGAAACUUUACGCAUUUUGCUGUAAAUAAUGGAUAUUUUAAUGUAAAAUAUUGUUAGUAUAUUUGUUUAGUGGCACGAUAACAGCUACUAAAUUGUUUAACAACAAAAAGGAGCCGAAAUGAUGUCCGAACAUUUACCCGGAAGUCGUUGGCACGACCCCAAAACACUUCCGUCCCCGGAACUUAUUGUUUGUUGUUAGCGUGUGGUGAGCACGGUGCAGUAAAACUUUCGUUAUCUGAUGAAAUAGUAACGUCAGAAACUGCUGGAUUCGUUUUUUUAAAAGCGGAAACAAAGCUUCAAAUAUCGGAUUUAUUUUCUUUUUCCUGUCGGAAACAGGUUUACAGCUAAUGUUGUCCGAGCUAAGCUAACGUUAGCCGCAGCUAGCUCCUGCUAACACAUCUUUUUCUACUCCUGGACAUUAAGAACCUUGUUUUAAGUUUCUCAGAGGACGUGAGGACAAUGGCGGUCAGGCGGAAGUUUGACCUCCGAUUCAAAGAGACGGUUCUACAGUAUGCAGAGGAAACUUCUGGAGAACAAGCUGCGAGGUUCUUCAACAUCGACUCUAAGAGGAUCCGGUACUGGAGGAAACAGAGGGCCGAGCUGCGGUCGGCUGAUGAGGGGAGAGCACGGCUGAGCAGAGAUGGGAGGAAAAAGCUGAGCGUGGAGCUGGAGAGACGGCUCUCGGAGUGGAUUCACGCCAUGCGAGACAGACGCCAGGCGGUAUCGGCGGACAUGAUCAAGAACAAAGCGUUAGAGAUCUACCCGACGGUGAGUGACGGAGGCAGCAGGUUUGUGGCAAGCACGGGCUGGCUACAAAAAUUCCUAAAGCGCUACAACCUGUCACUUCGACGUCGCAGUGCUGUGACCCAGGAAGACCCGAACCUGCUCACUGAGAAACUCGUUUGGUUUGUGGACUAUGUCGGGAAGACGGUGAGCGCUAAGAGGAUUUUAGAGGAGGACAUCAUCACAAUGGAUGAGACCGUAGCUUGGUUUGACGCAUCGUCUCCGACACAAGGAGUACAGGGACAGGAGAGGAGCCAGCUCACCAUCGUCCUCGCCGCCAAGGCAGACGGCACUAAAUUGAAGCCUUUUAUUGUCUUCAGAGGGGCAGACGGCGAUGAGGAGGCGAUGCGGCGGCAGAUCUCUGGCGCGGUGAUCAACACGUCACCGAACGGCUGGAUCAAUGACGCUCUUGUGUCGGACUGGCUGGAGACUGUGGUGGGGAAAUCCAAUGCCACGCCCCGCCUCCUGGUGUGGGACUCCCAACGGUCCCACAUUAGCGUCACCGCCAAACUGAAACAUGACUUCAACAUCACACCAGCAGUGAUCCCAAGAGGCUGCACCGAAUACGUCCAAGCCCACAACGUGAUGUGGAACCAGCCCUUGAAGCAGAAUCUGCACGACGCCUACGAUCGCUGGAUGGCCGGGGACUACCAGAAGGAGUACACGGCAGGGGGGGACCUUAAACCUCCCGCCCGCCGCCUGCUGGUGGACUGGGUGGUCGCAGCAUGGGACAAACUGGACACAGACAUGAUAAGAGAGUCUUUCAAAGUUUGUGGAUUGUCUGUGAAAAGUGACGGCAGUGAGGAUGAUCUCAUCGCCUGUUUCAAGGAGGGACAGCCCUGUGCCGCUGGACGGGACAUGCUCACUCAGGCCCGACAGAGGAGCUGGGAGAACUGGAGCCCAGUUGCUGAAGAGGAGGAGGAUGGAGUCGAAGAUUUUUAUUUUGAGGAGGAGGAUGAAGAGGAACUUGUUUUUGAGGAAGAGGAGGAAGAUGGUGAUCACACCUCCUUACACUGCAUCACUCAUCAGGAUGUUAAGAAUGUGAUCGCCGUUAAGGAGGAGCAGCAGGAGUGGAGCUCCAGUGUGGACCAGGAGGACCCAGAGCCCCCACACAUUAAAGAGGAAGAGGAGGAACUGUGGAGCAGUCAGGAGGGAGAGCAGCUUCAAGGGCUGGAGGAGGCUGAUAUCACCAAGUUCACAUUCACUCCUGUCCCUGUGAAGAGUGAAGAUGAUGAAGAGAAACCUCAGUCUGAGGGACACCACUGUGGAGGACCAGGACCAGUGCCCGGAGGCGGAGUACAACCAGCGCCCGGAGGAGGGGUACGACCAGUGCCCAGAGACUCUGAUCCAGAUUUAAAACCAGAUACUGAGGACAAGAAGCCUGACAGUUCUUUAGUUGCUGAGAUCGAAGUCAGUCUUGAUGACUGGGACAAGACUAGCCCUGAGACUUCAGAGUUUUCUGAACCUGAGAUUGACGAGGGUGAUGACUGGAAACCUCAGUCAUGUUUAAACUCUCUGAAACAUAAGGAACUUCCUGUCAGGAAUGGAGAGAAACAGUUUAGCUGCUCCGAGUGUGGGAGAAGAUUUUCUCAAAAGAAACAUCAGACCCAACACAUGCAGGUCCACAUACGGAAGAAACUAUUGACCUGCAGUGUUUGUGAGCGAAAGUUCACUCGGCUUUCGCAGCUCAAAAGACAUAAAUGUGCUGGUCAUCAGUCCUCAGAACUUCAUCAGAGUCCAACUGAGGAGAGCAGAGAGGCAGAGCAGAUGGAGACAGAAGCUGAUGGAGAAGACUGUGGAGGACCAGAACCAGCCAAGAACUCAGAUCCAGAUCCAGAUUUACCAUUAGAUACUGAUGACAAGACCGGAGACUCCUCUGAAGCUGAGACUGAUGACAGUGAUGAUAACUGGAAAGAGACCAGUGAUUCACUGACAGAGGAUGAAGAUGAAGAUGAUGAUGAUGAGGACGAUGACUUCACAACAGGGUCAUCAACAACAUCACAACAUCCAAUGAAGCGCCAUCGAGAUGGGUCCGCCGCCUUUAGAGCGAGAGAAGAGGAGGAGGAGGGGGAAGAAGCUCGGUGGCAUAACAAGGAGGAGAAAGAUAAAAGACCCGACCCACUCAGGUUCAUACCUGUCAGGGAACCUGGCCCCACCCUCGACCCCGCCGCUUCAUGGUCUCCCCUUUCACUCUUCCAGCUGUUUUUUAGUGACUCCGUCGUCUGCACCAUCAUUGAAAACACAAACGCAAAUGCUGCCAAAAGACUGAAGUCCGGGUUGAAGUUUGUGUGGAAACCUCUGACGGUGAGCGACUUCUACAUCUUCCUGUCCAUCAUCAUCUUCUCAGGACUUGUUAAAGUACAUGUCAGAGGGGACUACUGGAGAAAGGAAUGGCCGUUCAACUUCAGAUUCCCUGGCGAAACCAUGAGACGGGAUCGCUUUGAAUCCAUCUUAUGGUCCCUGCACUUGAGCAAUCCAGCAGAGGACGAAGAGAACGACCGCAAGAAGAACACAGCAGAGUAUGACCGACUGUUCAAGAUCAAGCCACUGUACACCGAGAUAGUGAACGCCUGCAAAGUGCAGUUCCAGCCUUACCAGAAUAUUUCCAUAGAUGAACGGAUGGUGGCGUCCAGGGCUCGCACAGGUAUGACACGAUACAUGAAGGACAAGCCCACAAAGUGGGGGUACAAAAUAUUUGUGCUUGCGGACUCUUUAACGGCCUACACAUGGAAUUUCUUUGUCUAUGAGGGAAGGAGUGUGCAUGGUCCAGGCCAGGGUUUGAACUACACUUCAGUCAUGGACCUUAUGGCGUUCCCUCUCCUUGGUCGGGGCUACACACUAUUCGUCGACAGUUUCUAUUCCAGCACCGCCCUCUUUAAGGAACUGUCCAGACAAGACAUCGCAGCAUGUGGGACAAUCCGAAAAAAACAGAUUGGCUUUCCAAAGACCACCCAGAAUGACUUGCCAAAGAACGCUGAAAGGGGAGAUAUGCGAUGGAUACGCCAAAACAACCUCCUGUUUGUAAAAUGGAUGGACACACGUGAAGUGACCAUUUGCUCAACUGUACACGAAGCCUUCAGCGGACAGACAGUGCAGAGGAAAGUCAAAGAGGCCAGCGUGUGGCAAACCAAGAACAUAACCAUUCCCGAUCCUAUUGUGGAGUACAACCGCAACAGGGGUGGCGUGGAUCUGUCCGAUGCUUUGAUCGGCUGCUACAGCGUGCACCACAAAACCAUGAAAUGGUACAAGAGGUUCUUUUACCAUUUUAUGGACAUCGCUGUGGUCAACAGCUUCCUGCUCCACAAAGAACUACACAAAAAGAAGAAUGAUCCCGUCAUGAAGAAGCCACUCUCCCAGAAGCGCUUUAGGGAGAAGCUCGCUGCAGAAAUGCUGUGGUAUGCCAAAGACUCAGCACCACCAACGUCAACUCCAGCCGCCUGCAUGCCUGCAUACUUUGGAGACAAUGGUACAGAAUCCAGGAAGUACUGCAAGAGAUGCCAGGACGCUGGUAUCAAAAGGAUGAAAACACCUGUGUACUGCAUGAAGUGCCAGGUCCCGCUCUGCUUUAAUGCCAGAAGGAACUGCUUCAAAGACUGGCACAACAAAUAAGCUCCCCUUUGUUUCAUUAAUUAGCUACGGAUGGAGGAGAGGAGCCACUUUUCCCCUAAAACCCCACCUAUGGACCCAAAUUUGUUUUUUGGAUCAUCUGAGAUGGGUCUUGAAUUUGGGUGCAUUUGGUAAUAUGGAUAUUCCACCUCAACAUUCCUUGACUAAAACCUCUAUAACUUUCCUCUGCUCUACUUAAACAGUAUCAGCCUUGGCACCAGUAAUGUUCAGAUGUUGUGAUAUGGUAUGCGCAAGGUUAUAGGCUGCAACUACAUAAUUCCAACAGGAUACCAUAAAAUUUCAUUUAAAAGCCUAGUCCCAAUUAAAUGUCCAGUCCCUUUUAGGAGCCCAAUGUGGCCUCUGGAUUAGAGAGCUGUACCAGGUGCCGCUCCAAGUCUCCAGUAUCCCCGGCUUGUCAGAAAGGAAGCAGGAUGGACAACACCGCAGCAGGUGUAACUGAUCAGAUGCAGGAAACCAAGUGUCAGCCAGGCCAGCCCUCUAUUUGAGACAGGCCUUUAAUUUGAUAAUUAAAGGCCUGUCUCAAAUAGAGGCCUGGCCUGGUUGCUAAACAGUUGAUUUUCACAGAAGUUCUUUGGAUGUAUAAAACCGGAUUGUUGACUGCCCACUUGAGCUAACGUUAGUUAGCUGCUAAGAUCUGCCUACUAAUUGAAAUUUUAUGGUAUUCACACUAAAAAGUAACAGUUCUGUUUGGCAGAAAUGAAAUUUUUCAUUUAUGCUGUGCAUCAUUACCAUGAACUCUGACACAUCUGCAGAAAUCCUACAAAUGUACCUUUAUCAUGACACCGAAAUUAUUCAUAUCGACCAGGGGUCGGCAACCAUUACUAUCAAAACUGUUUACGAUUUAUGACAAGAAUUACUAAAAAAAUCCACACAACGUAUUUAAAUCUUCAAACACUAGAAUGAAACUUAUCUUUGUUACUCCAGGUGUUUCAGUUUUUUAUUUGUUUAUUUUUUAGUCUUACCCUUGGAUGAGUUCAAUUUUUUGUUACUUUUAUACCUUCUGAAUGUGUUGAAACAACACUGCAACUUUAUGAUGUUACUUUAACUGACGAUUGCGUUAUAGAGGUGACAUGUCUGUGGUCAGCCAGAGCCAAGACCAUCCUACAAGCAGCAGAGAGUAGGGACUUCCUCCUGGAGUUGGAUGAAGAAACUGGUUCCCUGACGCUGAAACAACUCCGUAACUACUGGAAUCAGAUUCAGGGCAACCUACAUCUGACUGGAGCUAACAGUUGUCACCUAAUUGUAUGGACCUUGUCAUCCUGCCAGUGCUCAAAGAUCCCACAUGGGCUCUUAACAUUGACACAUUUUAUAAAGAGUGUUUGCUUCCAAACAUGGUGUCGGAGUUGUAAGUUAAGCCUCACAUACUGUUCAGGGUCAAAUACAGUGCUGGAAAGUAACUAAGUACAUUUACUCAAGUACUUUACUUAAGUACAGUUCUGAGGUACCUGUAUUUUACUUGAGCAUUUCUGUUUGAUGCUACUUUAUAUUUCCACUCCACUACAUUUAUCUUCAUCUUCAGCUCUCAGAUGAAGAUGUGACACAAAAGAUAAUCUGUUGUAUUGUUUGUAUGUUAAUAUCUGCACUUGCACUCACCCUGCAUUCAUGAUCUGUAAAUAUUCAUGUCCUUUGAAUCAGUUUGUACUGUUAUAAUAAAUUAAAUUUUUGGCACUAACACAAUGUUUG